UGUCGAGAUGGACAGAGUAUGCCAUCUGCACCUUUUCACAGAAUCCUACGACCCCUUCUGCUCGGCACGUUCAUCCUGGGAUGCUUUGUGACUCUGUUUUUGAUGUAUUUUAAACCAUCCACCAGUUGGUUAUCAGGUCCCGUAGAGUCAACAGUAUCCACAGACCGGGUCAAGAACCUCUUCUCCUCCAAGAGCGAUAAAAACGUGACCACCGUGCUGAUCUGGCUCUGGCCCUUCGGACAAACCUACGACCUGAGUGUCUGCAGCUCUCUCUUCAACAUCGAGGGCUGUUUUAUCACAGCAGACAGAAACCUCUACAAUAAGUCGGAUGGGGUCAUCAUUCAUCACCGAGACAUCUGCACCGACCUGUCCAACCUGCCGCCGCUCCAGCGACCAUCCUUCCAGAAGUGGAUAUGGAUGAACUUGGAGUCGCCGUCACACUCGUCCCAGCUGCCUGGGAUCGAGAACCUGUUCAAUCUGACUCUCAAUUACCGUCAGGAUGCUGACAUUGAAGUGCCUUAUGGGUCCAUCGUAGCAGCGGAGGGCGAGGAGGACUUUGUCCCACCCAGCAAAAACAAGCUGAUCUGCUGGAUUGUGAGCAACUGGAACCAGGACCACGUGCGGGUGAAGUACUACAAUGAGCUGUACAAACACAUUGAGGUUCAUGCGUAUGGACAAGCCUUCGGGGAGUACAUCUCUGACCAAGACUACUUCCCUACCAUCGCCAGCUGUAAGUUCUACCUGGCUUUUGAGAACUCCAUCCACAAGGACUACAUUACUGAGAAACUGUACAACCCGCUCUCUGUGGGGACAGUGCCAGUGGUUCUCGGCCCACCCAGGCAGAACUACGAGAACUUUAUCCAGGGAGACGCCUUCAUCCACGUGGACGACUUCACCUCGCCCAAGGAGCUGGCCGAUUACCUGCUGCUCCUGGACAAGAAUGAGGAAAUGUACCUCAGGUACUUUGAGUGGCGGCGGCACUUUAAAGUAAAGAAGGCCUAUUUCUGGGCAGAGCACACAUGCCUGGCCUGUGAUUACCUGCGUAGGCACAAGGAGUAUAAGGCAUUCAAUAGCCUUGACAAGUGGUACUGGGGCGGAUAG